CUGCAACGGCAUGGCCAGAGAGAGACGGGAUCGCAAGGCGGCGGCAUUCUUCUGCCUGGCCUGGGCACUCUGCUUGGCUCUCCCGGGCUUCCCGCAGCAUGUGAGUGGCCGAGAAGACAGAGCGGACUGGACUCAGGAGAAGUAUUCCCAUCGUCCAACCAUUUUAAAUGCAACUUGUAUCCUACAAGUCACCUCACAGACAAAUGUUAAUCGCAUGUGGCAAAAUGACCUUCAUCCAAUCCUGAUUGAGAGAUAUCCAGGUUCACCUGGGAGUUAUGCUGUGCGGCAGCAUAUCAAGCAUCGCCUACAAGGAUUACAGGCUGGCUGGCUUGUUGAAGAAGACACGUUUCAGAGCCAUACUCCUUAUGGAUACCGCACUUUCUCAAAUAUAAUCAGUACUCUCAAUCCCCUUGCCAAGCGCCAUUUGGUGAUUGCUUGCCAUUAUGACUCAAAGUAUUUCCCACCGCAACUGGAUGGUAAAGUGUUUAUUGGAGCCACCGACUCAGCUGUGCCUUGUGCAAUGAUGCUAGAAUUGGCAAGGUCCUUGGAUAGACAGCUUUCUUUUCUGAAGCAAAGCAGCUUACCACCCAAGGCAGAUCUUUCUCUGAAGCUUAUUUUCUUUGAUGGUGAAGAAGCUUUUGUGAGAUGGUCCCCUUCAGAUUCCCUGUAUGGCUCCAGAUCUUUGGCCCAGAAAAUGGCAUCUACUCCUCAUCCACCGGGUGCCAGGAAUACGUAUCAGAUUCAAGGCAUUGAUCUUUUUGUGUUGCUGGAUUUAAUUGGUGCACGAAAUCCUGUUUUUCCUGUUUACUUUUUGAACACAGCUCGAUGGUUUGGGAGACUUGAAACCAUUGAACGAAACCUUUAUGAUUUGGGUUUGCUAAAUAAUUAUUCUUCUGAGAGGCAGUACUUCCGGAGUAAUUUACGUCGAUAUCCAGUUGAGGACGACCAUAUUCCAUUUUUGAGAAGAGGUGUCCCAAUCCUACACUUGAUACCAUCACCUUUCCCUAGAGUAUGGCAUACUAUGGAGGACAAUGAAGAGAAUCUUGACAAGGCAACUAUUGACAACCUCAGCAAAAUUCUGCAAGUUUUUGUGCUGGAAUAUCUCAACUUGGGAUAACUGUUACCCU